AUGGAGGAGCCAAGCGGCGGCGGCGGCGGAGGAGCAGGCAAGCCGGAGGCGGCGAUGAACGUGCUGGUGGCCAUAGACGACGGUGAGGAGAGCUUUCAGGCGCUCGACUGGGCCGUCAGCAGAAUCUUGAAACCCAACGGGGGAGAUGAUGAUAAUAAUGCUUCUAAAGUGGUCACUAUAGCUCAUGUAUUGGAGCCGCUGCCUCACUAUGCCUUCCCCGGUGGAUAUGUGUUGGAGUCUUCUACCAAAGCACAAGAGGAGAAUGCGGCUAGAAUCCUUUCCCGGGCCUUUGAGAUGUGCAGAGACUAUGGGUUAAACGCUAAAACCGUGAUUUUGGAGGGCGACCCGAAGGACCGAAUCUGCCGUGCCGUGGAGGAGAUGAACAUUCAUCUUCUUGUCGUUGGGAGCCGCGGACUCGGCCAGAUUAAGAGGGCAUUUUUGGGGAGUGUUAGCGACUACUGCGCCCACCACGCAAAAUGUGCGGUGCUUGUGGUGAAGCCACCGCCGAAGAAGAAGACCCACACCCUAGAGACUAAAGAUUGUAGGCCCGGCUACCUAAUCCCCAAUCCAACGGUCGAGCUAGACCCUCGACGGGGACAAGGAGUUGUUGCAGCUUCCUUCGGGCGGCGAGAAAUUGAGAAAAGGAGAGACCCGCGAGGCGGAGACCGAAAGAGAGACCUCUUGGCAACGAGGCUGCGACAGAGGGAGAGAUCAGGCGACAAGGUGGCGUCGGUCCGCCAAUAG